AUGGCUAUUAAACCUUGUACAAGGAUACAAUUUUUCUAUAAAGAAAAACUUAAAUCGGUUGUGGAAGAACCCGAGUUCACCGAUGUUAUCCAGAACAUCACCGUAGCUGCAGGCAGGAACAUCAGAUUUGCUUGCGCAGUAAAGAAUUUACAAAUGUACAAGGUUGCUUGGAUGCAUUUUGAGCAAUCAGCAAUCUUGGCAGUAAACACUCACGUUAUAACAAGGAAUCCACGGAUAAGCGUCACUCACGACAAGCACCGAACUUGGUUCCUACAUAUUAACAAUGUCCAAGAGGAAGAUAAAGGUCGUUAUAUGUGUCAAAUCAAUACCGUAAUUGCUAAGACGCAAUUUGGAUUCCUUUAUGUCGUUGUUCCUCCAAACAUAAACGACUCCUUGAGCAGCAGCGAUGCAAUCGUGAGGGAAGGCUCCAACGAGACGUUAACUUGUAAAGCUACCGGAUUUCCUACACCUAGCGUUAAAUGGAAGAGGGACGAUAAUACCAAAAUUACCAUAAAUAAGACACUUCAAGUUUCCGAAUGGGAAGGAGAAACUCUGGAGCUUACAAAAAUUUCCAGGCUUGACAUGGGGGCUUUUUUGUGCAUUGCUAGUAAUGGUGUACCUCCGACAGUGAGCAAAAGAAUCAAAGUAAGCGUAAAUUUCCCUCCAAUGUUAUGGAUUCCGCAUCAACUGGUAGGAGCUCCGUUAAAUUACGCCGUGACCCUCGACUGUUUCUCGGAGGCGAAUCCAAGUUCCCUAAACUACUGGACCCGAGAAGACGGCCAGAAUAUGAUACACGAUUCACGGAAGUAUCGCACAGAAAACAGCGUUGGCAAUCCUUCAUAUAAAACCCACAUGAAACUCACCAUUAACAACAUUCAGCAAAGUGACUACGGCACCUACAAAUGUGUCGCGAAGAAUCCCAGAGGGGAGACGGAUGGGACUAUUAGGCUUUACCCUUCAUCAUCGCCAACAUCUUCGUCAAGUGCCCCAACUACCCUUCUGUCUAAGAGUAGUAUUUGGAUCAAAGGAAACGGUUCUGGUCAUGGAAGUUCUCUGUCAGUUUUACACAUUUCCGAUAAAGGUUCUAAAUAUCAAUCUAAUUUAAACGAGAUUGACAUAUCACAACAGAAAUCAAGUGCCAAAACAGACUUUAAUGAUAAUAUCCAUGAAAAUUCUUCCGAAAAUACUGGAGAUCGUCUUAAACAAUGCUACGCAGUAUGUACAUGUACACCAGAGAAUUGUAAAAAUGUUAGAGACGACUUUAUUGAAGACAAUGAAAUCAGCUUAUUAGAUGGAAAUCCUGUUGCUGCUGACGAACAUUUUCAAAUUAUUGACAAUGAAAACGAUGUAUAA